CUGUCAAUGUCAAAAGAUGGAUGGGGUUGAUAUGUGACGUUUUCAAAUUAAAAUAAAAAUUUGCUUUUUCUGUCUUGGAAAAUUAACUAUUUUACUAGGCUUAAACUUAAUAAAAAAAUAAUCCUAAAAUGUCUCGUCAAACUUCAAGACUCGAUGCGAAGAAAGUGAAUUCUGAAUUAUUAACACUUACGUAUGGAGCAUUGGUAUCACAAAUGUUGAAAGAGAUAGAUAAUCCUGAGGAUGUCAACAAACAAUUGGAGCGCAUUGGUUACAAUAUGGGCGUUCGUCUUAUCGAGGAUUUUCUAGCCCGGACACCUUCUACACGAUGCCUCGAAAUGCGGGAGACUGCUGAUAAGAUACAACAGGCUUUCAGAUUAUAUUUAAACAUGCAGCCGGUUGUAACAAGUUGGAGCAGUGCUGGUGAUGAAUUUUCAUUAGUAUGGGACCAGUGCCCAUUAAGUGAGUGGGUUGAAAUGCCCAAUAAUGGGCUUAAGUAUUGCGCUUUGAUACCUGGAGCUAUCAGAGGUGCUUUACAGAUGGUGCAGCUAGAUGUGCAGUGCUGGUUUGUACAGGAUUUACUUAAAGGUGAUCCUAUCACUGAGCUGAGAGUGAAGUAUAUUAAGAGAUUAGAAGACGCUGUGCCAGCUGGUGAAGACUAAAUGAGUUAAAUAGUUUUGUCCCAUAUUUACGAUAUAAGUUAUGUUGUAUAAUUUGUCUCUUCUUGUAUUAUGUUCAUGUGUAGUACACAUAGCUUACCAUUGAGCUACAUUUGUGUAUUGAGAAAUAAAUCCUAUAAAUAAUA